UUGUGAAAACACAACCGUGUGGGAGUGGAACUUUGAGUAUAACUGGGACUGUAUGAUUCCACCCGGGGUUGUCUGACCAUGUGAGGUUGAUCGAGUGAGGUGUGACUGUGAAUGUGUAACUAUGAGUAUGUGAGUGUGAAUGUCCAUCAUUGGAUGCCACUGUGGAUCCUUGGCCGCCCUUACUCAGUUACUGUACCAUCAGUCCCCACGUGCACAACCCCCCUCCCCAGCUUCUCUGCCCAGGAUUUAGGAGCCCAUGGGAAAUUACAGUCCUAAAAGAGGAAGGGGUCUGUGGCACAGGGGUCUCUGGUAAUUAGGGCCCAGGAGUGUCACAGGAUGAGCAAUACAUCUUCACCUGCCGCUGACUCACCUGGUGCCCCAGGUAAAAGGCACCCAGAUAAAAGGUAGGGAAGGAGGUGGAGAAAGAAGGAAGUAUCCAGGCUGAGCAUCAUGAAGGGAACCUCACCCACCAGCAGCCUCCUGCUGCUACUGUUGCUAAGCCCAGACCCUGGAGGAGCAUUGCCACUGGUACCCAGCACUACAUCAUGCUGUACUCAGUUCUACUGACAGCCACUCUCAAGCAAACUACUGAGGAAUGUCAUCCGAGUGGAAUUUCAGGAAGCUGAUGGGGACUGUCACCUCCAGGCCUUCGUGUUUCACCUGUCUUGACGCAGCGUCUGCAUCCACCCCCAGAACCUCAGCCUGACUCGGUGGUUUGACUGCCAAGGGAAGAGGCUCCAGGGGACUCUGCAAUUGAGUUUGGAGAUGAUAGGGAAAAUGGGCCGGGGCCCCCAGUAG